UCCCCUCCCCCGCCGCGCGCGGACUCCGGCUGUAGGAGGUCGCAGAGGAGGCUGGGCAGGCUUGAGUGGGCUAUCGAGGCUCUCGAGCCUUCCACGUACUGAGGACUCUGUAGCAGCCAUGGGCUACCAAGCACAGGGGCCCGUCAUCCCGCCGCAGAGCAAUCUAGAUGACAGAGAAACCCUCGUUUCUGAACACAAGCACAAAGGGAAAACUUAUCGUCAGUUCACAGCUGUUUUUAAUGUUGUCAACUCCAUUAUAGGAUCUGGUAUAAUAGGAUUGCCUUAUUCAAUGAAGCAAGCUGGCUUUCCUCUGGGAAUAUUGCUUUUAUUCGGGGUUUCAUAUAUUACAGACUUUUCCCUUGUUUUAUUGAUAAAAGGAGGGGCCCUCUCUGGAACAGACACUUACCAGUCUUUGGUCAAUAAAACCUUUGGCUUUCCGGGGUAUCUCCUCCUCUCUGUUCUUCAGUUUUUUUAUCCUUUUAUAGCUAUGAUAAGUUAUAACAUAAUAACUGGAGAUACUUUGAGCAAAGUUUUCCAAAGAAUCCCAGGAGUUGACCCUGAAAACUUGCUUAUUGGUCGCCACUUCAUCAUUAUGCUCUCCACAGCUGCCUUUACUCUGCCUUUGUCCUUGUAUCGAGAUAUAGCGAAGCUUGGAAAGAUCUCUUUUCUUUCGACAGUUUUAACAGCUCUGAUUCUUGGAAUUGUAAUGACCAGGGUAGUCUCAUUGGGUCCAUACAUACCAAAAACAGAGGAUGCUUGGGUAUUUGCAAAGCCUAAUGCCAUUCAGGCUCUUGGUGUGAUGUCGUUUGCAUUUAUUUGCCACCAUAACUGCUUCUUAGUUUAUGGUUCUUUGGAAGACCCCACAGUAGCUAACUGGUCCCGCAUCAUCCAUGUGUCUGCCUUGGCUUCUGUACUUACCAGUACUCUCUUUGCUACAUGUGGAUACUUGACCUUUACUGGCUUCACCCAAGGAGACUUAUUUGAAAACUAUUGCAGAAAUGAUGAUUUGGUAACAUUCGGAAGGUUCUGUUAUGGAGUCACUGUCAUUUUAACGUACCCAAUUGAAUGUUUUGUGACUAGAGAGGUAAUUGCCAAUGUGUUUUUUGGUGGGAAUCUUUCAUCGGUCCUCCACGUUAUUGUAACAGUGGUUAUCAUUGCUGUAGCCAUGUUUACAUCAUUGCUGAUUGAUUGCCUUGGAAAAGUUUUAGAACUCAAUGGUGUGCUCUGUGCCGCUCCACUAAUUUUUAUCAUUCCAUCAGCAUGCUAUCUGAAACUGUCUGAAGAACCAAGGACACACUCAGAUAAGAUUAUGUCCUGUAUCAUGCUUCCUGUCGGUGUCAUGGUGAUGGUUGCUGGACUAGUCAUGGCCAUCGCAAAUCCUCAAGACUGCACCCAUGGGCGGGAAAUGUUCUACUGCUUUGCUGACAAUCUCUCCCUCACAAACAUCUCAGUUUCUCAUCUUCAACUGACAACACAACUUUCAGUUUUAAACAGCAGUACCUUUCAAUGAGUUGACUGCUUUCAAAAGUAUAUAUGUUUUGAGAGACUUGUAAACGGCAUCACAUUCACACAGGUUUUAGUCUGUAUAUUAUAAAAUUAUUAUUUUGGCAUUUAUCAAGACUUAGUUUCCUUUACUCAUUAGUCCAAUAUAAAAGAUAAAGAGGAAAAGAAAAUUGAAUGUAUUUUUUUGUUUUAUUGCUUUAUUUUAAACAAAAUUAAUAUUUUGUUUUAAUGACUGCGCUGCCUUAAUCUCAGCUGCAGGAGGAAAAGUGAAGCCCUUGGCCCUUGCUGCCACCCUCUCAAAGCAUUAUUCUUUUAUUCAGUAGGUGAGCCAACAUACUGCACUCCAAAAUAAGUAGGUGAUUGUGGGUUGGAAUUUUGUGUGUAUGUAUCCUGUAUGAGAAAAAUUUUUUUGUGUCUUUUAAAGUUUAUGAAUCGAAGAGAAGGGAAACUGAAAACUAUUAAAAGGAAUAGAUAUCCCAAGAGAAAAAUGAAAGUCUCCAUUACAAUUUCAGCAGAUCCCUUGUUUAGAGGGGAGUGAAUCUCUGGAGAAGUGAGUAAAGUUCUUCCCAUGUUAAGAAGCAUGAAUAAUAGACUGUACAGAGCAAGAUGUAUGAAAAAUCAAAAUUACCUCUCAAGUUCUGAUCCUGUGGGAAUACAAUGGUAGUGCCAAUAAAUAAAUUAUAAAGCAGUGGGGGGAACCACAAGUUGUUCUCAGGCACAAGCCCAAGAGAUGGGUUAUGUGUCAGCUUUGGACCUGUUGAAUUUCAAGUACUGAUGGGAGUACACAACCGGAAGCUGAACUUUGAGACUAGAAGCUUGUAAGAAAAAUCAGGGCCCCAGAAGAAGGAUUCUCACUCCUCUGGGAUCCUCAGAGAAAUUCUCAAGAGUGCUUGUUGGCUGGAUUUUCCAGAAGCAGACGCUGAGUUGGAGUUUGGCAUGAGGGGUAUUUAUUAAGGAUCAUCACUAAUGGAAGAGAGGCAGAAAGCAGGAUCGAGAGGGCAAGAUGGAACUGCAAGGCAAGGCAGGCCAACAAAGCCUCAGCCAAGUCCACGGGAGACUGGAACAUAUGUGGCCCAUCAUAGUUGUCCCUGUUUGGGUGAAAUAGCCAAGUUUUAAUACCACUGCCUCCAUCUGUCCUUCAAUGUGGGUACCUGUGGAGGCUGAACCCUUGGCAGCUCUUUGCAGCUGAACAAACCCUAAAGGAACUGAGAACUGGAUGCUGUCUUCUAGUGGCUGGGGCA